ACAUCUUUGCUGUUCGUUCGCCGCUACUGCUAGCCAAGCGCGCGCAACAACGUCGACAGUAUAUUGCGGACUUCACGAGAAUCACGAGAACCAAUUUGCUGUUACCACUAGAGUGGUUUUUCCUGAUUCAACCCGUGCAUGCGUCGCACGUGAAUUUUCUGCGAUGAGUAUCCCAAUUGUCGAUUGUUGAACUUUAACGCUGUCUGGGAGAAGAGUUGUUUGUUAUCUUACAUCAGCCGGAAAAACGUAUUUUCAUUCAUAUUUAUGUCAUUAUACAGAAACUCAUAUAUCCAAAAUGGAAGUAAACAUUGACGAUGUGGUUAUGCCUGGAGACACUGUGAAGAUCGAAUCACUUGGAAAAAUGAAAGAGAAAAUUGUUCUUGGGCCAGGAUUACGUAGAGAAGGUGAAACGAUAUUCGCUUGUAAAUCGGGUGUUUUGAAACAUCGAAAACCUUCCAUCUAUUACGUCGACAGCUAUCAAAAGAGAUAUAUUCCGACUCGGGGAGAAGAUGUUGUUGGGGUUGUUGUACAGAAAGCUGGUGACAUUUAUAAAGUAGACAUCGGCUCAAGCGAUCUAGCUUCACUCUCGUAUCUUGCUUUUGAGGGAACUAGCAAAAAGAAUCGUCCCGAUGUACAAAUAGGCGAUGCUGUAUUUGCAAAAUUAUUAGUGGCCAGUAAAGAUGCUGAACCGGAAUUGGUAUGCGUAGAUGGUCAUGGGAAAAAAGGGAAAUUGGGUGUUUUGGAUCCUGGGGGUUUGUUACUCUCUUGUUCCUUGAGCCUUGUCAGAAAAAUUCGCAAUCCUGAUAAUCCGUUCCUUAGUGAAUUUGCUAAGGAGCAAGCAUAUGAACUCGCCAUUGGAAUGAACGGCAAAGUCUGGAUAAGAGCUAAAACUGUAAACGAGACAGUUGCUCUGGCCAAUGCUUUGCUCGCCGCUGAAUUUACUCCGUACGAUCAAAUGAGGUCUUUGUGCUCAAACAUUUCACAAAUGGUUCUGGAAAACAGUUGAAUUCUUCCUUAGGUAUAUUUUUUUACCAUCAUUAUUAACUCUAAUAAAAAAAAUUUCAUGACUUUAAAAAAAAAAAAUCAUGCAUUAUGAUGUAUUUUUAUCCAAAUAUCCCAAAAGUCAGUACUCUUUUACACACGUUUUCGAGAUUUAGCCUUCGAGUAACAUUAUUUCUUACCCUCGUACAAGCUCCUUCAAAAAACAGUUAUUUGAAGACAGUGAAUGUAUACAGAUUCCAAACCAAAGACAGCGAAACGGAUUAGGAAGCAAAAUGGUCUUUCUUCAAUCCUUUUAAUCCUAUAAAUUUAAGGGAACAUUUGCGAGUCAAAACAAAUCAUAAAAAAGCUUUGAAGGCUCUAUAAUUUUAUCGAAAGAUCACAUUCGCUUCCCCAUUUGGAACUGCAAGUUUACAUUUUUUUGAAUAACGCAUCAAUUGUGCAUUUAUUAUUUCUUUAUUGCACCGAAAAUUCGUAAUAAACUCGGUCGGAUCUCGUCCCCAUCCUCCCUAUUUUUCCUUUUGUAUUUCACAAUAAAUGAUUAAUGUUGCACCUUACGUUUAACUCGUGAUUGUGGCGUUGCGAUUUUACAAGUGUCUCGUUUUACAAACAGUUGGAUAAGUGAAUAAAUAAUAAAGAGAAAAUAAAAUGAAUAAGGUAGCGAUGACGGUGGACGCGACGACUCGGUACAAUCUUUCUAUGGGAAAGCUAUGAGUUUAUAUCGUAAUUUAACACGUAUAAUACAUUGUGUGUGUAUAGAUAUAUACAUCGCUUGAAAUGCAGUGGGCAUUGUUGUUAUUACAAUGUUAUUUUAUGAAUACGAUGAUGAAAACAGUAGUUAGCCUUACAAGAUAAUCACACUCAAAAUUUAUUUCGUUUUCACGAGUUAUUUUUUUCCAUUCUCACUGAAAUGAAUGAUUUUCGAAAAUCUCAUUCUCAAACUAUUGAGAAAAAAUAUCUAGUAGUUGCUCUUAUAGCGAGAAUUUCACAUCGAUUUAAAACAUAAAAGUGUUUUUCUUAAUGCUUGUUAUACAUUGAAAUUCGAUUGGAAAUGUGUGUCCUAUAGUUUUGGUUUACGAACUCACGUAAAACUACUACUUCACAACCCGAGAUUUGCGCGUUAUCAUUCGAAUACUGUUUUAGCCAGAGUUCAUGGAAAUGAGAGUAUUAGAAGCCAAAAAUUACGAUAUUUCGUGGCUUUUCAGAUGGAAGUUUUUAUCGAAUAUCCAUUGAAAAUCCAUCACUAAAAAACGAGGCUUUACGUCAUCAAGAUCGAGCGAAAAAUCUUUUCACAUAUUUAGUAAUAUUUUUUCAUGAACUGGCCAAUUUGCUUUGGAAUGCUGAACGCGCUCGCUCUUAAUCUGACAUCUGAGAAAUAUGUAAACUAAUUUUUACUCUUUGAAAUCAAAAUUCAGCUAUAAAUAAUCUUUUCGUACAUUCCAACACAAAUCAAAAUAUUUUUAAUGAAAAUAUAUUUGAGCCUUACGAAAAUAAAAUGCGUGCGUCCCGCAGGUAAUCAAUGAGUUUAAUCUCUUUUAUUCAUUUUUUAAAUCUUCGACAAAUUUUAUUCUGAUAUGUGUCUAUGACGUAUUUUCAUUAUUUUUUCAUUCAAUUUUCUUCUAUCACGUGAUAACUCGUUACUUCAUUUUUCUGAUGAUUUUGCACAAUGACUAGUACAAGCAACGAGAAUACUAUCCAGCGAUACAUUUUCUGCGAUUUUUCGAUGAUAUUAAAGAAGACUCGAUAUUUCUUUGGUAUUUUCAUCUAAUCUGUGCUUAAAUCCCUCCAUUCAUUUACGUUAUUAUUUUUGUUUUCUUUUGUUUUAUUAUGUUUGUUCUUUCGUAUCCUCAUUAUUUUGUACUUGACGACGAAAUGUGUAUUUUUUGUGACGUACAUUAUUUUCUAUUUCUCACAUAUCGGAUUCGACACAAUGAAGACCUGAAUGAAUAAGAGGCUAUUCGCUAUUCAACUCGUUCCGUACCAUUUAUUCAAUUUUUCGUCGGUUUCCCCCUUCAUCAUUUAUUCUUAACCAGUAUGAGAGACAACUCUGUAAAAGAAUAUGACUCAAUGACACCCGCGAUCUCGCUUCAAUGGUCCUCUCUCGAAUUGUCAGAAUUCAAUGCAACAUUGCAAAAAUGUAAGGAAAAACUUAAACCUCAUAAAUAAUUUCAUCAUUUAACCUCGUUUUCAUUUAUCUUUUCUCGCUUUCCUUUUUUUCUUUUUCAUUUUAAUAUUCUGUAAAUAAAAUAUAGUAUGUAUAGUUUAUAUUCAUCCUCGAAGGCAAUUAAUGUCCUUAGUAAUUCACACGUGAUUCUUUUGUUUACAAUGAAACGUACACUAAAUAUAGUUGUACAGUAGAAUAGUACAAUUACGGUUGAUAAGCGUGCGUGGUUUCUUUUUUCCAUAUUUUUUUCUCCUUUCUUCAAUUACAAUUCGACAAAACAUCUACGACGAGAUUCUCUAUCGCAGUUUCCUUUUAUAAUGUCUAUAUUGAAUCUUACGCCAUCGAGUUUACGAACAAUAAUAUCAAUCAUUGUAACAACACAUUAAUCGUACAAUAAUAAUCAAAUAAAACGAAGCAACAGGUUUAAAAGUACAAUAAAAAAUAACAUGGACGAAAAAGCAAAUUGUGCUAAACGGAAUGAAGAAACGAAAAAAAAAUAUCUCAAAAUACCAUCUUCCAUAUUCCCAAAAUCAAUGUCAAUGAUCAAUUGUCAAAGCAAAGCAUCUCGAAUUGAACAAACUGUGUACUGAAAGAUUUUUUUUUGUCCACACGAAAAUACUCUAUUAAUUUGACGAUUAACGUCACAUCGACAAUGAAUUCGUCCUUUAACCAAGAAAGAAUAAUGAGUUUUCAAAGCGCACAAGUAUUUCGAUCUACGGAAGCAGCUAAAAGUAUUGUAUUUGACUACAUUAAUAUUACUUCUUCCGGUAAAGUUAAUGGUAACUUUGUAUGUUUGUUUUCCUCUUACGCUUAUGAUAGAUUAAAGCUAAAAAAUACUGGGGGGGAUUCGUAACUCGGAGGCAAAAGCUGUACGGUGUUGGGGAAAGAAAAAUACUAUGUACUGUCUCUCAUCGAUUUGUUUUGGCGCGAAAAUGUGGAAGCUUUAUGGCAGGAAUGAGUUCAACUAUGUUUUUACGUAACGAGAAAUCUACUCGGUAUCGAAAGCUUCUUAAACUUCUCACUUUGUUACUUUUUUCAUCUUCUUCUUUUUUUUUUUAUAAAUCUAAGAUCCAUCCACUUGGUUUACAAGAAUAAUUUCAUCUACGAGUGUGUACAAGCUCUUUAUCUCACGAAACUAUACACAGUGGAUCUAUCUAUUUAUUCUCGAAACUUUCGUUACGUUCGGGAGUGUUUCCGCCCGCGAUUUUCUUCGCCUCGGAGACGAAAGGGAACGAAAAUACCAACAGAAUCAAGUUAAACAAUCGAAUGAGCUUGAUGAUAAGAAAAAAUAGAAACGAUAGAAAGGCGAGAAGAAAAAAAUAAUAAUAAGUGUAUGUAUUGAUAGAGAGCGAUCGAUUGAUUAAUCACUAUCGAAUGAUACUCCAAAAGUCCUAAAUGUUCUUCUUCGUUUCUUUUUUCUUAUUUUUUCUCAAGUUAUUUUUUUUCUUCGUUAUGUUUAAAAGCUUAACUCGUAUCGUAGGAUGAUCGAUAUAAAUGACUGUGAAUAUAACGCUUGUGACUUUUGUUCGUUCACGGUGAUACAGUUAAUUAGAUAAAUAUUGUGACGUUUUGUUUUUCUAAAAACGUCUUUUCAGCAUUUGAAUCACCGAUUUAUAAUAUUAUAAAAAAUUGUCUUUGCUUAUGAGCUAAAAUAUUACGAUGCCUCGGCUAUAUAAAUAUAUGUACUUUUAUGUUUAUA